AUGCGGUUUAGAGAACCAGCCGAUUCCUCCAGAGUUUCUCCACCUCUCCGUGGUCUCUCACCUCAAGGUUUACGCACUCGUUCUAGCUCGCCUCAACGCCUUCCCCGAAGCCCCUCGUCACCUCAUUCUAAUUCACCAACCUCUCCCCCCUCUCCCUCGUUCAUCCGUUCGCGCUCAUCUUCCCCGAGUCAGAUCAAAGCUCCGCCUUCAGGACCUCGACAUCGUGGCAAACCGCCACGUUCGACGCUCAUCCCCCUUCGCUCCGAACAUCCACCUCUGAUCUCUUGCCGAUCAGUGUACAACUACACCCGCUUGAAUCACAUUGAAGAAGGCACGUAUGGAGUGGUCUUCCGGGCCAAAUGUAAUGAUACUGGAGAGAUCUACGCUUUGAAAAAGCUCAAACUGGAAGAAGAGAAACAGGGUUUCCCAAUCACGAGUUUGAGAGAAGUCAUGGCGUUGAUGGUGGCUGGCAGUCAUGAGAAUGUGGUGGGGAUCAGGGAAAUCGUCGUGGGCGAUACGCUAAAUCAAAUAUUCAUUGUCAUGCCUUUCAUCGAACACGAUCUCAAAACCCUCCUCGCCGAUAUGCCUCAUCCAUUUCUCCAAUCGGAAGUUAAAACCAUCAUGAUGCAGCUGUUGUCCGCGGUCGCCCAUUGUCACGCCAAUUGGAUCCUUCACCGUGAUCUGAAAACCUCCAACCUGUUGAUGAACAACCGAGGUCAAAUCAAAGUAGCCGAUUUCGGGCUCGCUCGAAAAUUUGGAGACCCACUUGGAGAAAUGACUCAAUUAGUCGUGACGUUAUGGUAUAGAUCUCCUGAGCUGUUGCUAGGUGCGAAAGAGUACACGACUGCCGUGGAUAUUUGGUCAUGCGGGUGCAUCUUUGCAGAGUUGAUGCAGGGUCAAGCCUUGUUUCCGGGGAAAGGCGAGAUUGAUCAGAUCAGCAAGGCGAGUCAGCAGAUAUUCACCCUGCUAGGUCAACCGAAUGACGAUGUCUGGCCGGGGUACUCGUCUCUUCCCUUGACAAGGAAGAUCAACCCCGUCGGACCAGCGUUCUCAUCCUUGAGGCAGAAGUUUAAACACCUCUCUUCUGAAGGACACAACCUCUUAACACGGCUUCUGUUGUAUGACCCGGAUCGCCGUGUCAGCGCAGAAGAGGCGGGAAAGCAUGCUUACUUCACUGAGAACCCAUUACCGAAACAUUCGGAUCUAUUCCCUUCGUUCCCUAGUCAAGCGGCCGGCGAAAGACGACAUAAAUCUCUUGUCAGUCCUUCUGCGCCGAUUAGGUUAAAUCACGAUGCCUCCGACCUGGCGGAUCUAGACUCAUUCGUCUGA